AACAUUCACAGAUGUUGUGUGUGUCAGUGUGUGUGUUAGCUUAAUUUUCAUCUGUUAAUUCAAUAUUCUUCAGUAUUUCGUCAUAAAUAACGAUUUAUAGUAAAGUUCAUCUGUUAUCAUCUUACCAUACUUAAACUUUGAGGGACAUGAAAAUUACUUGUAGUAAAUCAAGCCCUCCAUUGGGAGGCCUAAUAGUUGCCGAACAUGUAAAAGCUUUAAAUAAAACAUCUCUUGAAGUUACAUGGGGAACUGAGACAACAGUCGAAAAUAUUUCAUGCAAAACUAGCAAUGAUGUGGCAAGGGCAAUUGCUAAAUUAUUUUGCCAACAAAUUUAUGGUACAACAGCUAUUGAAACUACUGAAGUGGACCAUUGGCUGACGUUCGCACUGGGUCCUUUAAGUUCAAAAAAUGACUUCAGCAGUGCAAUUAAUGUUAUUAACAAAGCAUUAGGCCCUGUAACAUAUUUGGCCAAUAAAAGACUGACCAUAGCUGAUUUUAUCGUAUUUGCUGCAUUAUAUGUGAAUAGACAAUGGCAAGAUGUAUUAUCAAGCAAGUCUAUUCCGGUAAAUGUUUUACGAUGGUACAACUUCAUGAAUUCACAGGAAGCUGUAAAGAAUGCUUUAAAUUCAUUGACUCCUGAUCUAAGAGUUGCUUUAACACCUUCAGAAAAAACUAGGCAGUCUGUUGAAAAAUCCACCGUUGGUAACCGGGCCCGCGAAGGUAAAUUUGUAGAAUUACCUGGUGCUGAAAUGGGAAAAGUCGUAGUAAGGUUUCCUCCAGAAGCAUCAGGGUAUUUGCAUAUUGGACAUGCAAAGGCUGCGUUAUUAAACCAGUAUUACCAGGAUUCCUUCCAGGGAAAACUCAUUAUGCGUUUUGACGAUACGAAUCCUGCCAAAGAGAACGUUCACUUUGAAAAAGUUAUCUUAGAAGACGUUGCCAUGUUGGAUAUUAAACCUGAUAUGUUCACCCACACUUCACAGUAUUUCGACUUGAUGCUGGAAUAUUGUGAAAAGCUUAUAAGAGAAGGAAAGGCAUAUGUUGACGACACUGAAGCGGAACUUAUGAAGACGCAAAGAGAACAGAAAAUCGAGUCCGCGAACAGAUCCAACUCGAUGGAAAAAAAUUUGAAACUUUGGGAGGAAAUGAAAAAAGGCACAGCAAAAGGUCAGCAGUGCUGUGUAAGGGCUAAAAUAGAUAUGCAGUCGCCUAAUGGUUGCUUGAGAGACCCAACGAUAUACCGAUGUAAAAACGAACCACAUCCUAGAACAGGUGAUAAAUACAAGGUGUAUCCAACAUACGAUUUUGCAUGUCCGAUAGUAGAUUCUAUAGAAGGAGUAACUCAUACGUUGCGUACAAUGGAAUACCACGAUCGCGAUCCACAAUUCUACUGGUUUAUUGAAGCCAUGGGUCUGCGAAAACCUUAUAUCUGGGAAUAUAGUAGGUUGUCUAUGACGAACACUGUGUUGAGUAAAAGGAAGUUGACUUGGUUUGUCAGCGAGGGCCUAGUGGAUGGAUGGGAUGAUCCUCGUAUGCCUACCGUCCGAGGCGUCCUAAGAAGAGGAAUGACCGUUCAGGGACUAAAAGAAUUCAUUAUUGCACAAGGGUCGAGUCGUUCGGUAGUUUUUAUGGAGUGGGACAAAAUCUGGGCAUUCAACAAAAAGGUGAUAGAUCCUAUUGCUCCUCGUUAUACUGCAGUCGAGGACAACGAACCAGUUCCGAUUUUCGUUAAAGGAGUCAAGGCAGAAUGUAUGACCGUACCGAAACACCCCAAGAACAGCGAAGUUGGUACCAAGGAAGUCUGGGUGGCUCCAAAGAUUCUAAUCGAUAGAGUAGAUGCGGAGAGUCUUAAGGAAGGGGAGAAUGCAACGUUUAUUAACUGGGGAAAUUUGUUGAUAAAGAAAAUUAAUCGUGAAAACGAUAAAAUUACCAGUAUAGAAGCUGAUCCUAACAUAGAAAAUAAAGAUUACAAGAAGACUCUGAAGUUAACUUGGCUAGCAGAGGUUGAAAAAGCACCGUUUACGCCGACUUGGUGUGUUUAUUUCGAUCACAUUAUCAGCAAAGCCAUUCUUGGGAAAGACGAGGAUUUUAAACAGUAUAUCGGUCAUGAAACUAGGAGAGAGGUUCAGAUGCUUGGAGACCCCGAACUGAAAAAUCUGAAGAAAGGAGAAAUUAUUCAAUUACAAAGGCGUGGUUUCUUUAAAGUAGACGUUGCUUACGAACCUCUGAACUUAAGCACUUGUAGGGAGCAAUCGGUUGUUUUGUUUUCGAUUCCUGACGGUCACGUUAACGAAAACCCACUUUGUAAGCCUACUGCCUCUGUUAAAGCUGCGCCAGAAAAAGAAAAUAAGAAGGCGAGUAAUAAGGAAACUUCGGUCCCACCAUCUGCCGCCGGUCAGUCACCGGCAGAACUGAACGCUGCCAUAAUUAGACAAGGUGAUAUUGUUCGUAAACUAAAAGAACAAAAAGCAGCCAAAGAAGAAAUCGAAAAGGCUGUAAAGUCGUUAUUGGCCCUAAAAACCGACUACAAAAAGCUUACCGAUACAGAUUGGAAACCGGGUUGUACACCGCCAACUGCACCUCCUUCAAAUGGGCCAGUUCAAGACGCUAAUGGUUUGAGUGCCAAAAUAGCAGCUCAAGGGGAAAAAGUUAGGAAGAUCAAAUCUGAAAAAGCCGAAAAGUCAGUAAUAGAGGGUGAAGUAAAAGUGUUGCUAAAUUUAAAAAGCGAAUAUAAACAACUAACGGGUAAAGAUUGGACACCUGAUGCGGUUGCAGCUCCCGUUGCUCCUGUCAAACAAGAAAGUAGCUCUACUGACGAGAGUGGUAUUUUACAAAAAAUCGCUUCUCAAGGCGACAAGGUCAGAGAUUUGAAAGCGAAAAAAGCGACCAAAGCAGAGAUAGAGGCCGAAGUGAAGAGCCUUUUGUCUCUUAAGACUGAAUAUAAAUCCCUGACAGGCAAGGAUUGGAAACCAGGUGCAGUGCCGUCGUCUUCCUCAAAUCAGUCACAAGAAAAACAUACUCAAGCAGAUGAAAACACCAUACUUCAAAUGAUAGCGGCUCAAGGAGAAAAAGUCAGGGAUCUGAAGUCGAAAAAGGCGGAUAAAGCUACUGUAGAAACCGAAGUGAAAAUUUUACUGGCAUACAAAGCCGAUUAUAAGUCAGCGACUGGUAAGGAUUGGAAACCGGGCACAGUUGCUCAACCACCCAUCACGGCACCCACUAGUAUAAAUGAAAACGAGCAGAAUAACCUGCUGAUCAAAAUCAAACAACAGGGAGACAAAGUGAGGCAGUUAAAAGCAGAGAAAGCGGAAAAGUCAAUCAUUGACGCAGAGGUUAAGCAGCUAGUGCAGCUUAAAGCGGAUUUCAAGGCUCUGACCGGUAAAGACUGGAAACCGGAUAUGGUGCCUGUGACAGACACUAAUUCUUGUACCAAGGAAGAGUCUGGCAAGGGUGACGAUUCGAAGGAAACUCUUACGGCAAAGAUAACAGAACAAGGAAACAUCGUCAGGGACUUAAAAGCGAAGAAAGCUAGUAAAGAUGAAGUAGAUGCUGCUGUUAAGAUCUUGCUAGACCUUAAGGCAGAAUAUAAAAAUGUAACGGGAAACGACUUUCCGGCAGCAACUAGAGCACCAGCGAAAACAAAAGACAAUAAACCGGAUCAAAAGGAGAAAGUUUCUAAGCAAAAGCCAGCCGCUAAAGAAAAAAAACCUGCGGAUGGGGGAGACGGUGGUAUGAAGAAACAAACAAGACUUGGUCUAGAAGCGAAAAAAGAAGAGAAUCUCUCCGAUUGGUACUCUCAAGUUAUCACAAAGGGGGAAAUGAUAGAAUACUACGAUGUAUCGGGUUGUUAUAUUUUCCGGCCAUGGUCUUAUUCUAUUUGGGAAUUUAUAAAGGAUUGGUUUGAUGGAGAAAUUAAAAAACUUGGGGUCCAAAACUGUUAUUUCCCUAUUUUUGUUUCGAAGAGGGUCCUGGAAACGGAAAAGACUCACAUAGCGGAUUUUGCACCAGAGGUAGCCUGGGUAACAAAAUCUGGAGAAUCGGAAAUGGCAGAACCAGUCGCCGUUAGACCAACUUCCGAAACGGUAAUGUAUCCAGCCUACGCCAAAUGGAUUCAGUCUUACAGGGACCUUCCUAUCAAACUUAAUCAGUGGAACAAUGUCGUUAGAUGGGAAUUUAAACACCCUCAACCGUUUUUGAGGACCAGAGAGUUUUUGUGGCAAGAAGGACAUACUGCCUACGCCCUAAAAGAAGAAGCCACUGAAGAAGUAGGCAUCAUAUUAGAUUUGUACGCGAGGAUAUACAGCGACUUGUUAGCGAUACCUGUAAUAAAAGGCCGGAAAACGGAAAAGGAAAAAUUCGCAGGUAGCGACUACUCGUUUACGGUGGAAGCAUUCGUUUCCGCUAGUGGAAGAGGCAUUCAGGGUGCUACCUCCCAUCAUCUGGGUAAAAACUUUUCAAAGAUGUUCGAAAUCGUCUAUGAGGAUCCUGAAACUCAGGAAAAGAAAUACGUAUUUCAAAACUCCUGGGGUAUUACGACCAGAACAAUCGGUGUUAUGAUAAUGAUUCAUGCCGACAACCAAGGUUUAGUCUUACCCCCGAAAGUGGCUUGUAUUCAGAUAGUAAUAGUACCUUGCGGUAUAAGCGUCAAUCUCUCGGAUGAGGCACGUAAUAAUUUACAAGCCGCUUGUGAUCAGUUAAAAGGCGAGUUAAAAAAUGUUGGAAUUAGAGUGAAAGGCGACUACCGAUCCAAUUACUCUCCUGGUUGGAAAUUCAAUGACUGGGAACUGAAGGGGGUGCCAAUCAGGGUGGAAUUAGGACCAAAGGACAUCGAAAAGAAGCAGAUCGUGGCUGUAAGGAGAGAUACAGGGGAGAAAGUCACUCUUCCCCGAGACAGCGCUGCGAAGAAAUUGAACGAUUUAUUAGGAGACAUUCAGAGUAGUCUAUAUAAUAAGGCCUCUAAGGAUUUAGAAGAACAUACGAUUUUGAUGACGGAUUGGUCCCAAUUCGGACCCAGCUUGGAUAAGAAGAAUAUCAUUUUAGCACCCUUCUGUGGCGACAACGAAUGCGAAGAUAAAAUUAAAAAUGACAGUACUAGGGAUGAAGGUGUCGAACCAGGAGCUCCUUCAAUGGGAGCCAAAUCGUUAUGUAUUCCUUUGGAACAACCCGCUACGAUAAAAGAAAACGAUAAGUGCAUCCACCCCGAUUGUACAAGAAAACCUCAGUUUUAUACAUUGUUUGGCCGAAGCUAUUAAUGUUCUUAAUUUUUUAAAACGUUUAUUUAUUAAUAAACUAAGAACAAAAACUUUUUUAUAAA